UCAGGUUGAGGUAGGAGGGGUAUCUUCGUAAUUUAGUUCACCCUCCCUAAAACAAACCCAUCUUCCUUUUGUUCCUUCCUACUGUCUCCCUGUUCGAUCUUAACCCUAACAGAAGAAAUUCUCAAUUUCAGACAAUUCGAAGCCUUCCAGUUCUAAAUUAACAAAUUUUAAUUUGAAUUAGCACCAAAUUCUGAAAUAAUUUGACCAAUGACAUCGUCCAAACGACAUUACAAGGAGAAAAUCGCUCGUCGCAAAGAGGAGAAACCAGAAGAGCCAGAACCACCGAAAUAUAGGGACCGUGCAAAGGAGAGAAGAGAAGAUCAAAAUCCCGAUUAUGAGCCCACCGAAUUGGGGUCCUUUCAUGCGGUUGCUCCUCCGGGUGCUGUUGAUCUCCGGUCAGCUGAAGCGCAUAAGAUUUCCAUUGAGAAGAGCAAGUAUCUUGGAGGUGAUGUGGAGCACACGCAUUUGGUGAAAGGAUUGGAUUAUGCAUUACUUAAUAAAGUGAGAAGUGAAAUUGAUAAGAAGCCAGAUGCCGGAGAUGAUGCUGAUGCGAAGUCUAGAACCUCCAAGGAAGACCAACAAUUGUCAUUUCGCACUGCAACUGCAAAGUCAGUGUAUCAAUGCAUAGUGAAGCCUCAAACUAUUAUGAAGACAAAUGAGAUGUUUCUUCCUGGUCGAAUGUCAUUUAUUUUUAACAUGGAGGGUGGAUACUCUCACGACAUCCCAACCACGUUGCACAGGAGUAGAGCAGAUUGUCCAGUGCCUGAGGAAAUGGUUACUGUUAGUGUUGAUGGAUCAGUGCUGGAUCGAAUUGCUAAAAUCAUGUCAUAUCUUCGCCUUGGAUCUUCUGGGAAGGUUCUGAAGAAGAAAAAGAAGGAGAAAGAUGCAAAAGGAAAAAUUUCAGCUAUUGGCAAUGAAUAUGACGAAGAGGAUAAGCAUUCAAAACCUAAUGGUGGGAUCUCAAACAAUAAAACUGAAAGAGAAGUUUUGCCGCCACCACCACCACCACCUCCCAAGAAAAUUCAGUCGGAUUCUCGAGAGAAGCAGGGACCAAUGGUUACCCGGGAAGAAGAAGAUGACAUAUUUGUGGGAGAUGGUGUUGACUAUGCUGUUCCUGGAAAAGACAUGAGCCAAAGCCCUAUUUCAGAGGACAUGGAAGAGUCUCCUCGAAACAAGGACAGAGUUUCCUAUUUCAAUGAACCUGUUUAUGGCCCAGUACCGCCUUCUGGACCUUCUCAGGAAUGGCAAGAUCUGAAUGGAUACGAUGCAAUGCAAGCACAAGCAUUAGCUAGUGGCUACCAGGGAGAGUGGCAGGAUUACCAAUAUGCUGAGCAAUUGGCAUAUUCUGAACAGUAUCUCCAGCAAACUGCUCAAGCAUAUGACUUGCAAGCAGCUUCAAACAUUGUACAGGACCCACGCUUCAUGACUCAAGAAGAAAAGGAUCGGGGUUUAGGGUCGGUGUUCAAGCGAGAUGAUCAGAGGCUUCAACAAUUGAGGGAGAAAGAUGCCAGAGAAAAGGAUCCCAACUUUAUCUCCGAGAGUUAUUCAGAAUGUUAUCCAGGGUAUCAAGAGUAUAAUCGUGAGAUUGUAGACAGUGAUGAUGAAGAUGACUUGUCAAAAAUGGAUAUGGGUGGACGAGCAAAAGGUCGUCUUCAUCGUUGGGACUUUGAGACAGAAGAGGAAUGGGCAAAAUACAAUGAGCAGAAGGAAGCAAUGCCAAAAGCUGCAUUCCAGUUUGGUGUGAAGAUGCAAGAUGGACGGAAGACACGGAAACAAAACAAGGACCAGAAGCUUAAUAACGAGUUGCACAAGAUUAAUAAAAUACUAGCAAGAAAGAAAAUGGAGAAGGACUCGAAUGGUGAUGGUGGCCAUUUUGAUGAUGAUGUACAAAUUACUAAGAAGGCGCGAAUAUGAAGUUUGAAACUCAAUUAAUGCACAAACUAUUUGUUUGUAUCAUAUAUUGACAGUUCACUUAAUUUUGAUGAGCAAAGUAGAAACAGUUUUAGUUCUUCACUUUCUUCUUUGGCAGGUUCUUGUCACCAUCUUUGCCCGUGUAAAAUGAAUGUGAGAACAAUCUAACAAUCAGGGUCCUGGGCAAUUUAGCUAUUAUUUAAUGUCUUAUGUAGUUUUUGUUCCUCAAUUAAUUAUAAGAUGGCUAAAUACAUAAAUUCAUUCUUGAA